GUCACGCCUGCCCAAAUGUCCCCGCCCCGCGGUCCCUCCCUCUUUUUACUCCGCAGGUCCCCGCUGCCAUGGACGGGCGGGGAGGCGGCGGCUGCAGCGCUGCGGGGAUGCGGGGAGUGGAGGUAGCAGCGGCGGCCGCGGAAGAACAACUGCCCCGGGGUGUGGGUAGACGUGGGACCCGGAGCCCUUGUAGCUCAGCAGGGACGCCGGGCACGGGCAAGGGCAGUCCCAAUGGGGAGUGCAGGAGGGAGCUUUCCGAGACGCCGCCCCGGGAGCACAAGGUGUCCUUCUCUACCGAGCCCCCGCGGGGGUCCUCACCGGGCAAGGAGCCCGAAGAUGGGGAUGGCGGAGAAGAUGAAACCCGCUCUGGGUUCAUGCAGCGCCAGCUUUCCGCCAUGCUCCAGCCCGGGGUCAACAAGUUCUCCCUGCGGAUGUUCGGCAGCCAAAAAGCGGUGGAAAGGGAACAGGAGAGGGUGAAAUCCGCGGGGGCUUGGAUCAUACACCCCUACAGCGACUUCAGAUUCUAUUGGGACUUCACAAUGCUGCUUUUCAUGGUGGGCAAUCUUAUCAUCAUUCCUGUGGGCAUCACCUUCUUUAAAGAUGAGACCACAACUCCAUGGAUCGUGUUUAAUGUGGUGUCGGACACCUUCUUCCUUAUGGACCUGGUUCUGAAUUUCCGAACAGGGAUUGUGAUUGAGGACAACACAGAAAUAAUACUAGACCCACAAAAGAUUAAGCGCAAGUAUCUGCGGACAUGGUUUGUAGUGGACUUUGUAUCUUCAAUUCCUGUGGAUUACAUCUUCCUCAUUGUAGAGAAGGGUAUUGACUCUGAAGUAUAUAAGACAGCCAGAGCAUUAAGAAUUGUGAGAUUCACCAAAAUACUUAGUCUGUUGAGAUUGCUUCGUCUCUCGAGACUUAUUCGAUAUAUACAUCAGUGGGAAGAGGUAUAUGUUGAAAAGCUUUGGACAAGGAGCGCAGGCCUGUUCUUCAAAAGUGUAUGUUUCAAAAUUUUCCACAUGACUUAUGACCUUGCCAGUGCAGUUAUGCGGAUCUUUAACUUGAUUGCCAUGAUGCUGUUGCUUUGCCAUUGGGAUGGCUGCCUACAGUUCCUUGUUCCUAUGCUCCAAGAUUUCCCAACUAACUGUUGGGUGUCUAUAAACAAGAUGGUGAAUGAUUCAUGGAGUGAACUUUACUCCUUUGCACUCUUCAAAGCCAUGAGCCACAUGCUGUGUAUCGGCUAUGGGCGCCAAGCUCCAGAGAGCAUGUCAGAUAUUUGGCUUACCAUGCUAAGCAUGAUCGUUGGAGCAACAUGCUAUGCUAUGUUCAUAGGACAUGCUACAGCUCUCAUCCAAUCUUUGGACUCCUCACGCAGGCAAUAUCAAGAAAAGUACAAGCAGGUGGAGCAGUACAUGUCCUUUCACAAGCUUCCUGCUGACUUUCGCCAAAGGCUUCAUGAUUAUUAUGAGCAUCGCUACCAAGGCAAGAUGUUUGAUGAGGACAGUAUCCUAGGAGAGCUGAAUGAGCCCCUGCGAGAGGAAAUAGUCAACUUUAACUGCCGGAAACUGGUAGCAUCCAUGCCACUGUUUGCCAAUGCUGACCCUUCUUUCGUGACUGCCAUGCUGACCAAGUUGAAGUUUGAGGUCUUUCAGCCCACAGAUUACAUUAUUCGUGAGGGGACUAUUGGUAAAAAGAUGUAUUUCAUCCAACAUGGAGUGGUCAGCGUCCUCACCAAGGGCAACAAGGAGGUGAAGCUGUCAGAUGGCUCCUACUUUGGAGAGAUCUGUCUUCUAACACGAGGCCGAAGGACAGCAAGUGUGCGUGCUGACACCUACUGUCGUCUGUAUUCGCUUUCUGUGGAUCACUUUAAUGAGGUGCUGGAGGAAUAUCCCAUGAUGAGACGUGCAUUUGAGACAGUGGCCAUAGACAGGCUGGAUAGGAUCGGAAAGAAGAAUUCUAUACUAAUGCACAAGGUUCAGCAUGAUUUAAACUCCGGUGUCUUUAACAAUAAGGAGAAUGAAAUUAUCCAGGAAAUAGUGAAGUAUGAUCGGGAGAUGGUGCAUCAAGCGGAACUAAACCAACAACUCGCCGGUGGGAUGUAUGCCACUUGCAAUCCACCUUCUCCCCAACCACAGGUCACCUCUGCCAUAGCCACUCUACAACAGGCUGUGGCUAUGAGCUUCUGUCCCCCAAUGGCCAGCCCACUAGUGGGAUCACCCCGCAUCAUGAGACGCUUUCAGUAUGCCCAAGGAGGACCCAGCGCUUUCUCUUUGUCUCCAGCCUUGUUUCAGCCACCACUUCAGCAAAUGCAACAUUACCCUCCCCCACAAGUUUCCAGACAGCCUUCCUCUGUUGUGCCCAGUCCACCAUCACAGUCCCCACGAGUGUCCCAGAACUUUGCAUACCCAACAAAAGGUCAGACAGGCUCCCAGCUCUCCCUCACUCAGUCCGGGACCUCUGCUUCUCCUUCCCCUCAUAGGCUUUCUGUCCAUAAGAGUACACAUUCUCUGCACUCUGGUACUCUUACCCGUGAGUCUCGUCCACUCUCUGCCUCACAGCCAUCCCUACCCCAGGGGGCAUCACAGCUGCGUAGCCCACCAGCACCUCCUUUAGCUUCUGGGGGCUUAAGCUCCCAAUUGGGCAAGGGAAUGCCUGGUUCUCAAGCUGGGCCAAGGGUUCCUGUGCCAGCACGUCUGGCCCUUUCUCAUCAUUUGUCCUCUUCUAGUUCAGUUGGUGGUGUUUCGGACUCUGCAGGUGGAGCGUCACUAGGAGGCAGGAAGGAUUCAGUAGUGAGUGCCCCAGAUACCGAUCCUAUUAGGGGGCGGCUGUCUGCUAACUUGUGACACAAAUACUAAAGAGUACCCUAUCCCUAAACUGUGGGUGCAGGCAGCUGGCGGUGGGACAGUUUUUAGAAGAGGAGGCAGUAGUACAACUAAUAUGUACCCACCCACCUCCAUAGCUGUGCCUCAUUAACCUUUCUACUGCUGGAUCAGGGUAAUGCUAAGUAGUUUUUAGUGGCAGGGAAGGGGCUUUUAUGUGCAAUUAACAAUUUUCUUUUGAAUAAGUCCACAACGCAUGCUCCUCCAAAGAAUAUUAGCAGAGAGUUGUGUGUAAUAAAAACAUUCAGAAACAGUGCUGCAAACCUGGACCCAGACCUAGGACUCCCUGCCAUUGGUAUAAUGGCAGUUGGUCACUACAGGGGCCAUAUCAUUGUGCAGACCAUGAUGGCUGGUACCUUCUUUUAUUAAUGCGGUUUGCACCUAUAAAAAUAAACUCUUGUUUUGUGGCUUCAUAGGACCUCCAUCUAAAGGAGGAGUAAAAGAUGUGCAAGAUGUUUUUUUUUUUCUUUUCUGUUUUUGCUAUAAAGAGUGCUGCCUUGCCCAAACCAUGUUAUAUCUAGUGUCUGCAUAAGCAAACUGCUGGCAGUUUGCUAGAGUUAAGUUCUUCCUGGACUAGGAUGAACCAGUGUCAGUCAUUUAGAUGUUGUAGCUCAGUAAACUCCGUGUCUCAUAUCAGUCACACAUAUUUUUAAAGCAUUUAUUUUAUUUAUGAUUCCGUUGCUGUGAGGAAGUAGUGGUAUUCAGUGUUUGCAACAAUAGUUGCUUAGAUUCCCUGGAAUCCUUUGUAAAUCUUCUGGUCUCAUAUUUAUGUGAAUGUAUCAACAUGUGGCUCAUGGCUCCAACUGUAUUGUGCAAAGGCCAGGAUUGGAUUUAUCACAUGACACCUGUAUAAGAGACUGAUCUGGAGGUGACCCAGAUGCUACAUUAAGCAAACCACCCAACCUGAAGAAGGAUUUUCCGUUAGUAGUACUAGAUACUGAAGUGACCACCAGCCAGCAGACGACCUUGUCCUUAGCAGAAGAAGAAGAAUGAGUGAAGCAGAGUCCACCAGUCAAAGCUUUUCCUGAUAUGCCACUGCUACCAAUAUUGUUGUUUUUUUUUCAUCCCAUGGAUUGUAUUUUAGAAAGCCAUAUUGUGUAUAUCACACAGCUGUAUAUUAUGAUAUAUAUGUAUAUCUGUAUAAUCUGUACAAUACAUCUUGCUAUAAUGCAGGUAAGGGGGUGGGUGUGUGAGCAGCUGUCCUACAGAUGGUGUCCUGUUAUAGGAUUUCUGGACCACAUUGAAAUGGAUGUUGCACACUAAUGCAAAGCACAUUUUUGUCUAUGCUUUGUUGUAGGGUGCAGCUGUAAUUCCUUUCAUAUAGAGGGUAGUCUCAUCUGAUUAGUUAUCUGUGUUGUUUUCUUUUUUAAAACCUAACAGUAGCAAGGAUUUGUUCUUGGAGGUUUAAACCCUCUAUGCUGCCAUUUAGCUCGUUGCAAUAAUAGUGCCAACAUUUGCCAUUUACUAAACAGCAGCUUUGGUUUCAGUUACAAAGGCAGGGGGAACAUUUCCAAUGUCCCUCCCUCUAUCACUUUAUUUAAAUAGUAAUUUUUUAAAAAAGUUUUGGUUUAGAAGUAUAUAUAUCUCCCAUUUGUUAUCUGUAAAUGGGACUACCCAAUAGGAUUAGUAAAAUACAAAGCAAUUUCGAGUAAUUAGAUGUUGGAGACCUGCCCCAUUCUCCUACAUGCUAAUUGCUGCCCUUUCUCCUCCGCCCUGCUACCAGUGCCACUGCCUCAGAAAUGGUAGUGCCACUACUGAAUGUAUUUUGGGGAUACGGAGGUACUGGGUUCAUCUGGAGGGUGUGUUGUUUUUUUUUUUUUCAGAAGCUGCACUUUACCACGCAAAUGAUUCCAGCUUCUCUGUGUGUGCAAUAAACAGAUUAUUUCUGGA